GGGAUAAAUAAGGCAGGAGUCAUAUGCUUCAUGGCUUUUCUAGUCUCUUCUUGCCUUGUCCUGUACUGCAGAAGAGAAAUGGCUACGUCAGACAGAUCCCUUGAUGAUGACUCUCAAAUUUAAUUCCACUUUAAAAAUCUCCAUGUAAACAUAUAAACAUCACAAUAGUUGCUUUUUAAAAAACAACAACAUAAAACAUUGAUUGAAGUGGGAGACAAGAGGAAGAGAGAAGCAUUUUAGCCUUUUUGGUUAUUUAAAAAUUUUCACCUAGUUAUUACCGGUGUAUUAAGUGGAUUAACAUAUAUACUUAAACACCAUUUAAGAGCAUGCAUACAGUGUUAGGUUGUCAAUCCACGGGAGUGCCCACUCUUCUUCUGGGCUUAAUUCUGCUGUGGUAUCCCUUGUUGGUUACAAGUCAGAAUGACACUGAGCCUAUUGUACUGGAAGGUAAAUGUUUAGUGGUCUGUGACUCAACACCAUCUUCAGAACCAGCAAAUAAUGCAUUGGGCAUGUCUGUACGCUCAGGAACUGGUCGAGUGGCCUUCUCUGCCACUCGCCAAACCAACCAUGAACCCACAGAUAUGAGCAACCGUACCAUGAUCAUCUACUUUGACCAGAUCUUGGUGAAUGUGGGUGGUCAUUUUGACCAGGAAAGCAGUGUCUUUUUGGCCCCAAGGAGAGGGGUGUACAGCUUUAACUUCCAUGUAGUGAAAGCUUACAACAGACAAACCAUACAGGUGAGCUUGAUGCUUAAUGGAUGGCCAAUGAUUUCUGCCUUUGCUGGUGACCAAGAUGUAACCAGAGAGGCAGCCACUAAUGCUGGAUUGGUGAUCAUGGAGAGGGGUGACAAGGCCUACCUUAAAUUGGAGCGGGGUAAUUUGAUGGGAGGCUGGAAAUAUUCCACUUUCUCAGGCUUUCUGGUCUUCCCCCUAUAAAAAAAAGUGUUCAAAAGGGUUGGCCAGAAAACUAAUAUACAGUAACAGUGGGGUGGAAAAAAAUGUCAGUAUGUCUAAGCAAGCAAGACUAGUAUAAUAGUAGAAUAAUUAUAUUUCAGAUGAUUUGUAAGGCAACAUAUACAAUCUGACGUUAUUUCUAGCAGAGGUUAAUUAACAUUAUAGAUAAAAUCAUUUGCACAAGAUUGCUUCAAUGUGUUUUCUUGUACCGUACUGUGCAAAAAUAAUAGGCACCCUAUUUUUUUUAACACGGAAAGAUGUAUUAGUUAUUUAUUUUAGGACUUCUGCAUUGUUGGACGAGACAAACAACCUUUUAGAUUUCUAAUUUUUUUUUUUUUGUAAGUUAAAUGUUACAGAAAUUUUUAUAUGUCAGUAAAUUUAGUAAUAUAUUAAGUAAUGGAUGACUUUUCAGACAAAAACAUAGGAAUGUUGGUUGUCAGGUAAUACCAAUGUGUGUGUGUGU